AUUUAUGUGGGGCUUAUGUGAACCUCGGGGAACGUAGCCUACGUGCUCCUCGUUGCUCGGUUGCCUCGGAGAGAUGCCACGUGCGUAAGGACGCAGAAUAGCGGCACGCACUGCGCAUGGCACUUUCGAGUUCAUCAGCUGUGCAGCCGCGUCAUAUCUUCCAACACAGUCCGAACUUCCUCGCAUGCCUCUCCGGGCGGCCCAUCCACUAAAGCUGCUCAUAUCCAAUGAGCAUUUUUCACCGGGCGCCACCGGAAACCUUCCCGCGGCUCAUUGUGGAGAGCACAAGCAGAGCUGGGCGUCAUGAAUUAAAGAAAAGCCUGAAUUUACAAAUCUGAUCACCAAAACCCCGCUGCAAGUGUGGUGUGGUUGGACCAGCGGCAGCAGAGCUGUUGCAGCGGAGAUGGUUUUGGACCCGGGUGAGGACUGUAUGGAUCGGACGGACGUCGACGGGGUCGGAGGGAGCAGCAGCACCACAGACCUGACGGGUCCAGAACCAAGACCGGACCCUCGCAAAACCACCACAACCGACAGCACCGGACUAGAAAACACCAGCCCAGAGCCUCCCAAAACCACCACCAACAACAGCACCGGACUAGAAAACACCAGCCCAGAGCCUCCCAAAACCACCAACAACAACAGCACCAGACUAGAAAACACCAGCCCAGAUCCUCCCAAAACCACAACCAACACCAGACUAGAAAACACCAGCCCAGAGCCUCCCAUAACCACCACCAACAGUACCCCCACUAGAACAGAAGAGACCAGGCCUGACGCUACCAAAACCACCACCAACAGCACCCCCACUAGAACAGAAGAGACCAGGCCUGGCACUACCAAAACCGCCACCAACAGUACCCCCACUAGAACAGAAGAGACCAGGCCUGACACUACCAAAACCGCCACCAACAGCACCCCCACUAGAACAGAAGACACCAGGCCUGACACUUCCAAAACCGCCACCAACAGCACCCCCACUAGAACAGAAGACACCAGGCCUGACACUACCAAAACCACCACCAACAGCACCCCCACUAGAACAGAAGAGACCAGGCCUGACACUACCAAAACCACCACCAACAGCACCCCCACUAGAACAGAAGACACCAGGCCUGACACUACCAAAACCGCCAGAAGAACCGAGGAACCAACAGCGGAUCCCCCCACCACCACCAACACUCGGCUCCACGCCAGGACAAGCCGUGUCACUAAGAGGGAGCGGGUAUCCAACUCCCACAAUGGACCCCAGCCUCAACCUCAGUCGUUGGUGGCAGAUGUCAGCCUUACCCCCAGCCCUAGGGCCAGUGUUGGCUCCUCUACCAACUCCUCUCGCUCAGUCUUGCCAUACGAUGGACCGGUUGUCUCUCUGCGGCGGGACGUCACCGUGGCAACGGCCUCAUCUCGGAAUAAGGUGGCGACCAGACCCGCUCUCCGCCGGCCCCUCAGCCUGGAGGUGACACCCCUUCGCCUCCGUGGCUCCGAGCCCGCUCUGGACCGCGGGGUCCUACAACCCCCCUGGCGCAGCGCUGGUGGUCCCUCCACUGCCCCCUCGCCCCCAGCACGCUCCCUCACCAGCCCCAGCCUGGGCCCCGGAGGCUGGAUGCGCCGCAGCGAGAGCACCUGUACUGUCAACAACUCCUCAAUGGGCCUCCGGGCCACCAGGGGGCGUAUGCGUCCAGCCACCUCCCUUCCCCACAUUGCCCGGGGGUUUGGAGGGGCCUCCCCGCUGCCCUUGCCCUCCACACCACGAGGCCCCUGUCUCCUUGUGGCCCUAAGACCCAUUAACCUAGACCAGGAGAGGCAGGCCUUCUUCCAGUCCGACUAUAAAUACGACCCCCAGUUUGAGUACUCGACCCCGGAGCCCAGCACUGUGCUGGAGAAAUACAGAGAUGGAUCUGACCUCUUCCUCGCACAGGCUGUUGGGAUUAUGGAGUGUAUUCUGAGGAAGUUUGGUAACUAUGAGAACUUUGAGGAAGUGACGGGAGGAAGUAUUUUACCAAAGAGUCGAGUCUGGGCUGCUGCACGCAAGUACCUGCAGAAGGAGAACUGUGUAGGAGAGGUGGUGGUGUGUCUGUCUGAUGAGCUGCUGUCCCAGGCGGUGAUGAUGGUGGAGAGUUGUCGUCCCACUCUGACUAUCAACCUGUCUGGAGCACGACAACACUGGCUGGAGGGCAUGCUCAGGCAUGAGAUAGGAACCCACUACCUUAGAGGUGUGAACAACAACCUCCAGCCCUGGUCUACUUCCGCAGGCAGGAAGCAGUAUGGCCUCAAACCGGCCAAUCCCACGGAAGAAGGCCUGGCCAGCCUGCACAGUGUGUUGCUACGGAAACAGCCCUACCUGUGGCGCGCCGCUCUGCUCUACUAUACGGUGUAUCACGCCACCAGGAUGGGCUUCAGCCAGCUCUUCAGCCACAUCGCUCAGUUCGUCCAGGAUCCCGCGGUGCGCUGGGAGUACUGCCUCAGAGCCAAGAGGGGACAGACGGACACCUCGGAGCCUGGCUGUUUCAGUAAAGAUCAGGUGUACCUGGACGGAAUCCUCAGGAUUCUACGACAUCGGAGCAACAUCGACUUCAAGAUGCUGACCUCGCUAGGCAAGGUGUCGUUUGAGGACGUAGAAAGGCUACGGCACUUCGCUGUCCUGCGCCGGACCAGAAUCCCUCACUUCAUGCAGGACCAGGAGACAUACCUUCAGCAUCUGGACCACAUUGUCGCGGUCAACGAACUGAGCGACGCUCAGCUUAGAGAACUCCUUCCCUGACCGACCGGCCGGCCGACCGACCGGCCGACCGACCGACCGACCUUCAGCUGAGCGCUGUAGAUCACCUGCUGGGCGUCAACAACUGGGCGUCAACGAUUCAACAUGUAGAAUGGUCGGGAAAUGAAUAGAAAAUGGCGGAUGAUGUUCGGUGGUCAGAGGCGUUAAGAAUGGUCACCUGCUGCUAAUUACCUCUGGUCAGCGUGGUCUGUUUUCCCCUUGACUGACUGACCCCUCUGGUCUAGACUGGCCAUCCCAUCCUUGACUGACCCCUCUGGUCUAGACUGGCCAUCCAUCCUUGACUGACUCCCUCUGUUCUAGACUGGCCAUCCAUCCUUGACUGACUCCUCUGGUCUAGACUGGCCAUCCCAUCCUUGACUGACCCCUCUGGUCUAGACUGGCCAUCCCAU